CUCAUGAGGAUUCAUCCAGCAAAGUCCAAAUGAACCCUAAAGAUCCUAAUGCUAGACGUCAAUAUUAUAAAGAUACAUCCAGCAAAAUCAAAACAAGUGCAGAAGAUCAUACUGAAAAGGAUCAAUCUCAAGAGGAUUCAUCCAGAAAACUCAUAAUGAAUAUGAAAAAUCCUAAUGCCAGACGUUACUUUAAUGAGGAUUCAGCCGGCAAAGACAAAACUGGUUCUGAAGAUCAUAUUGAAAAUGGUCAAUCUCAUGAGGAUUCAUCCAGGAAAAUCCAGAUGAACGCUAAAGAUCCUAAUGCCAGACGUCAAUAUCAAAAUGAUUCAUCUGGAAAGGACAAAACAAACACUGCUGGUCACACUUACAGUAGUGAGUCUGCAAAACUCAACAACCCAGCUGAAAAACCCAACAACCCAACUCCAAAACCCAACAACCCAGCUGGAAAACCCAACAACCCAGCUGAAAAACCCAACAACCCAACUCCAAAACCCAACAACCCAGCUGGAAAACCCAACAACCCAGCUGAAAAACCCAACAACCCAACUCCAAAACCCAACAACCCAGCUGGAAAACCCAACAACCCAGCUGAAAAACCCAACAACCCAACUCAGAAACCCAACAACCCAACUCAGAAACCCAACAACCCAAAUCCGAAACCCAACAACCCAACUCCAAAACCCAAGGCACCUAUCCCUCAGACAGCUGCUGCAAAGAAGAAAGGAAACGCAAAAGCAGAUGCAUAA